AACUCGCAGCCAGACCGCGAGACAUGUGGCUGAGACUUUCUGAAAGCAACGCUCCGUUUUUAGCCCAAAACAGUUCCCAGGUAGCGCUAUUUGUCAGCAUUUCAUAGCGGGAGUUUGGACGCUAACAACGGUUUAGUUGGUGCAAACGAGCCGCAGCUGCACUCAAAGUGGUGAUCAGGACAGCCUGGGGCCGGACAUGACUGGAGCUGGAAGUGGCGGCCAGGGCCCGCCUGACGGGGCAGACGCUGAGGAGGCGGAGAGAUGUCCUAUCUGCCUGGGCGUCCUGGCUGGAGGCGAGCUCGCCAUGCCUGACAGCUGCUGCCAUGUCUUCUGCCUCAGAUGUCUCCUCACUUGGGCAGAGUUGCAGACGGCUCCGUCCUGCCCCGUGGACAGAAGACCUUUCAGUAAUGUUUACAGAUGGGACGGGAAUCUGAGCUGUGUGCAGGUUCCUGUGAGGAAGCGCUCAACUCAAGCUGAAGCCGAGAGCUGCUGCUGUAGAAACCCUGAACAAAAAGUCUGUCUCAAAAGCAAAACCGCGAGAAGACCGAGGCGGCAAAAGGUGGAGCGGACGGCAGACGCCAAAACAAAAGGACUUGUGAGGAAAUGUAACGACGAGGACCCCUCUUCACUGAGCAGAAAAAAGGUGAGAGGAACAGAGUGCUGCACUUGGUCACCGCCUCCCUGUGUCUCAUUAACCACAUCAACACAGGACAUUGCAGAUCCUGCUUGGUUGGCAGAGGACAUACCAUAUGACACUGGAUUCCAGCAGUGCAAAUCCCAGGUGCAACAUUGUCCUUGGCUCUCUCCUGCUGCUCCCAUCCCUGCUAACGGCACCUCAAGGCAAAGCUUCCAUAGAGCUAGUUGGAACCGCAGCCCAUCUGGACUCAUUUCAUCUCCCUUUACCUCCAGCUCACCGUUGUUUGGCCCAAGUCAUUUUGUGUUUCAGGGUGUUGUCUGCGCCAUCACGUGUCCCAAAGGAGGAGAGAAGAGAGGCGGCCGAGCUUCAACCUCCAAAGCUCCCUCCAAAGAGGCAGAGUCUCUGCCAGCCAGACGAUCUGGACGCAACAGUAAAACCCAGGAAGAGGCUCCUGCAGCUGAACCUUCAUCACCACCACAGUCCAGUGUGUCAGACUCUGACUCAUCUGCCAGCCAGUCCACCAAGCCUGGCAAGGCUUCUCAGGUGCCAGCCAAGAGGAAGGGGAAACGGGUAACAAACCGGAAGGCCAGUGGGAAACGGAAAGCCUCCGCUAGAAAAAAACGCACUGCUGAAGUCAUUAACAGCCCAGCAGCAACCGACGAGGAGGAAGAGGGUGAAGGAAGUGACAACAAGGAGAAGGAGGAAGAGGAAGAUAAAACUGAACAAGAGCAGGAUGUGAACAACUCGGAACCGCUGCUGUCUGAUGCUGAAGGUGACCUCAAAGAAGAGCAGGAUGGUGUUGACUCUGCUGAUGAUCAAGGAACUGCAGGGUCUUUGAACAAUGUGGAUCUGGACAGUGAUGAGACUCAGGAACAAUCUAACGAACACAAACAAGAAGAGAAAGAGGAUGAAGAAGACAAUGACCUCUCCUGUCCGUCAGACUCGGCUUCUAACAGCCCUGCUUUGUGCUCUGAGGAUGUCCAGAGCAAAAGAGAGGAAGAAGAACCAGACAGCCCAGUGUCCUGUGGAGAAAAGGAUUCUGAGAAAAUGGGGUCACCAUCACCCUCUGAGUCUCCCAACACACUGCUGGAAGACCUGAUGUCUCCACAGUGUGACGAGCAGGCAGAGCAGCAUGACAACAUGGAGAUUUGUGCAGAGUCAGAAGAAACCAACGAUGAAGAAUCUUCAAAGGAGCCAGAAGCCGAAUCAUGUGAGAAUGUGGCACAGCCCGGGUCCCCCUCUGCUGGAGAGUCUGAAGAAAAUGUAGCAGACCCGGAGGCAAAAGUUUCAGAGGACACUGAUUCAAAAAUGCAUGACUCAGAAGAGCAUUCAGAAGCUGACAGCUGUGGGGAAGGAGCCAGGGACGAUGGAGCAUCCAAGGACGACACAAACGUCAUCCCCAUGGACUGCAGUUCACCCAUGAGUGAGCAUGGGAACGAUCCCAUUUUGGAACUUCAGAGUGAGAGUGCUUCUCAGGCUGCUGCACAACCUCUGGCUACACCUUCUGAAAGUCAAGUCACCAAGGAUGAGAGCGCCAAAGACCAGCAGGACAGAGAAAAGAGCCAAGAGAGGAAGAACGACAAGCAGAGGCGCUCUCGCUUCCACUCCCCAACCUCCACCUGGUCACCCAAACGGGACUCUAGGCGGGAAUCAUCCAGGCGCUCGCGCUCACGGUCCAGAGACCGUGAUGGCAGCCCACCGUCGAGUCGCUCCUCACGAGCUCGCAGCAGAGAAAGAGAAAGAGACAGGGAUCGGGACAACGAGAGAGACUAUUCUAGGAGGGACCGUAGUCGGGAGAGGAGGAGGCGGCGAUCAAGGAGUCGUUCUAGAUCCAGAUCCCGGUCUCGGUCUAGAUCUCGAUCCAGAACUAGGUCCUACAGACGAGGCCCCAGCCCCGAGCGACCAGUGUCCAGAGAGCAGUCUCCUCAGAGGAAGGAGCGUAGGGGCGGCUGGAGGUCUGGGUCUGGUGCUGGUUCUGGUUCUGGGGGUGAUGGACGGAGAUAUGGAGGCGGUGGCCGCUUUGAAAACGGCGUGCCUACAGAAGGUUCUCCUGAGCGCCAGGGCUGGUCAGAAAAUCCUGACUGGGUCACUGAAAAAAGUCGGGGUGAUGCUGAGAGCAGGAACCGGGACUUUAGCUUCGGUGGUGGCUCACGCUGGGAAGACAGCCGCAACAGUGGAGGGAGCAGAGGAGAGCCACGAGGCCGGGGCGGCCGCGGAGGCUUUGAACGUGGGCGGGGCGCAGGCAGAGGUGGAGGCAACCGCAGCUUCUACAACCAACAGGAAGAGUCGUCCGACAGCCGCUGGCAGCCCAGAAACAACUUCUCAGGUACAGGCAACAAUUCAGGGAACGACGCGUACAGCCGCUUCAAUGAAAACCGGGGCGGUGGUCGGAGGAAAGAGUCUGAGCCAGGAGAGUCUAUGCUCGACCGCUCAGGCUGGUCCUCGGCGUCCAGCUGGGCUGUCAGGAGGACGCUACCUGCUGAUGUCCAGGACUAUUACUCAAAGAGGGAGAGAGGAGGACCAGGAAGCUGGAACCGACAAGAAGAGGAGCAGCAACCAACAGCAGCAGAUCCCCCUAAAAGCGACCCUCCUCCCCCGGCAGUCCCGGGUAACGCUCCGGUGCCCGUGAUGAACAUGAUUCCUCCUCAUCCUCCUCAGCUGAAUGUUCUUCACCACUACCCCAUGCAGGGCCCGCGAGGAACCCUGCCCGUCAGCUUGCAGCCCGCGGCGCCCUACGCCAUGCCUCCUCAGGUCCCCAUGCACCUCCACCCUGCCGUGCCACUGCUUCAGGUGCCCGCCGUCGGCGCUCAGGGCCUCCCUCCCCCUCCACCACCACCUCCACCCAUGCAGCAAGGCAGCCAGACAGCAGCAGCUCAGCCCGAUGGCCACACAACACAGAUGGCAAGUACCAUGGUGGGUUAUGGGAAACCUGCCCUGCUUCCCACGCCAACCAAAGCAGGUGUUGCAGCAGUGACCCAGGGCCAGCUGGCACCCAGCCACGUGCUGCCAUCCUCUACAACUCAGCCAGGCCAGCAUAACAAGGCUCAGGCCGACAGCUCCAAAAAAGAAAAGAAACAACAGAUCCAAGAGAAAGCUAUAAAUGAAGUGAAGACAGCCAUCAAACCAUUUUACCAAAAGAAGGAAAUCACAAAGGAGGAGUACAAGGAGAUUGUCCGCAAGGCAGUAGAAAAGGUGUGUCACAGCAAGAGUGGUGAGGUGAACUCCAGCAAGGUGGCCAACCUGGUCAAGGCCUACGUGGACAAAUACAAACACGCCCGCAAGAAAUGAACUGCCGCCCUGCUGCUGGGCUGGCGAUGCCCUCACAGACCCAUUCAGCUGCUCAAGUGCAAUUUCCUCUAGCUGGAAUUCGGCCUCCGAGCUGAAAGACGACGGAGAGCCAACGUUUUCUUUUUUGAUAUCUCUACCUUUUAUUGAAUGAUGAAGAUUUUUUUCUAUAGAUUUUCAUAUUUUGUUAGAAAAGAAUGACCCAAUCAGAAAUUGUAAUGCAAGAGCCCUUUAUUUUGCAUAGAUCAUGUGACUUGGGAACUACUGUAAAGAACGCAGGGUAGCGUAGGGGGGUGGGACGGUUGAUGCAACGCUCAGUGGACGACGCCAGCUCAUGUAGUGGAGCGCCUCUCCCAGGGUGUCGGCUGGUACAAUGAAUUUCACUUCUACGGCAUCCUGACCGCCUAGCUUAUUAAUUGAAAAAAAUGUCAAUGUUCUUUUCAAAUAUUAUAUAAUAUUUCAGAUGAGAGCCUAGUUUAAAAAAAAACACAGUGCAUUGCCUUUAUGAAACCCUGUGGCCCAGUGACGGCCUGGCAUCCGGCGAGUCAUCCCACUUCGGGUCCAAUGACCAAUCAACAGUGAGUGUAUAAUGUAAAGCGAGGGUCCUGGGGGGGAUAGUUCAGGUGAAAUUGACCCCACCCCCUGCCUGAAUGUGUAAUAAAUGUCAAUGCGUGAACAUGAACUGUGCAAAGUAUCCAGAGAGUAGUGAAAUAAAUUAGCUGCUUCCUACUGUGCUCUGUGUGUUUGUCCGAGGCGUCGCAUGAAGGACUUCCUCUCAGGGUGCACUCCUGUCUCCAUAUCAACCAACACAUUAAAGAGCCCCAUUUUACACACAUUUACAGGUUUAUGAUUUUUUUGGGGGGGGCUCAACUAGAAUAUGUUUACAUGCUUUAAUAUUUAAAAGGCAUAUUUUUUCUUGUAUAUUGUUGUAGCAUCUCCUCUCACCCUCUGUCUGGAAUGCUUCGUUUCAGUUCCUUCAUCUUUAAGGUCCCCCCUCAUGAAAAGCUCAGUCCUCUGACGAAAGCAAGAUAACGUUGGUUAUAUGCGGUAAACCAGCAUCUCUGAGUAGAAAGGCAGAGACUCGAGAGUUGCAAGGAAGCUACUCGUUCUUUAAGUGUUUGCUAAACUAGCCGCUUAUGCAUAUUUGUUACACGAUGAUAAGGAAUGAAAGCAAAGCCUGGACUUCACCUGAGGUGUUUCAGGCUGGUAGGAGCAGUGGUUUCUAAGGAAGUCCCUUUGGUGUGGACUUGAGGCUUUGUAAGUCUGCAGACCUUUUAAAUGCGCAGAGAAGCUGGAGCACACUAAAAGGAAAGGGAACCCCCCCCAUGAAGCAUACUAUGGGCUCUUUAAGGACACAUCAGGUGCACUUCCAGCCUCGAGCCACUAGGUGGGCGCAGUUUUCAUGUGUAUGUAAAUGGGAGCGGAAACAUGCAGUACUUAGCAUUUUGUUUUGCUGAUUCUGUUUGAGAAUGGGGUUAUGUGUGCAUUCCAUUUGGAUGGAAGCCUGACUGUUGGGCAGCGAUGAUUAAAGUCCCUGUACACCCA